AUGCAGGUGCUGACCAAGCGCUACCCCAAGAACUGCCUGCUGACCGCCAUGGACAGGUACUUGGCCGUGGUGCGCAACAUGGAGCAGGUGGUGAUGAUCCCCAGCCUUCUGCGGGACAUGCAGCUGAGCGCACAUGGGUACCAGGCCCAGGCGGGCGCCUCCGAUCUCUACAGCUACUUCACCAUGCUCAAGGCCAUCCGCAUGGAUGUGGAGCACGGGCUGCUGCCCCGGCAGGAGUGGCAGGCCAAGGUGGCAGGGGGCAAAGCCAAUGGAGCUGAGACUGAAGCUGGAGAGACGGAAGAGGCUGAGGAGGAGAGGGUGUCGGGGCAGCUGGACCUGGAAGCCCAGUUACACCUGCACUUCGCUAGCCUUCAUCACAUCCUCACCCAUCUUACCCUGAAAGCCGAGGAGGUGACAAGGAGAUACCAGGAGAAAACGGGACAGGCCAUGUAG